GUGGACGGGGGACACUCGGGAACGGGAAGCCCAGGUGUCCCCAUGUGAGCCCUGCCUCUGCCCCCCCUCCGCCACCCUCCCCCAGCUGCCAGGAUCCUCCUGCAGCUCCGGGGCCAACAGCACUGCAGCGCUCGGCUCCGCUCCACUCUGCAGCUCCGCUCGGCUCUGGCCACCUCCUCCCGCCCUCCUCCCCCUCCUGCUGUCACCACUCACCGCUCAAAGCCUCGAGGGGGUGGGGACCCCAGAGCUGGACACACCCCACCGUAGCCCAGAGCCCAGCCGGUCGCACGGACACACGGUCGAACGCAGGACCCCGGAGCCCCGAGGUGGGCAGAGUGCCAGGGUCCCUCACAGCCUCCUCAAGGCUAUGGGCGUCAGGACAGCAUUGCCCGUGGCGGAGCUGGGCCUGUACUCCCUGGUGCUGAGCGGGGCACUGGCCUAUGCCAGCCAGGGCCUGCUGGAGGCCUCGCAAGAUGGGGCCCAUAGGAAGACCUUCCGGGAGUCCGUGCGGCCCGGCUGGGAGUACAUUGGCCGGAAGAUGGACGUGGCGGACUUCGAGUGGGUGAUGUGGUUUACCUCCUUCCGCAAUGUCAUCGUCUUCGCCCUCUCGGGACACGUGCUGUUUGCCAAGCUCUGCACGAUGGUCGCCCCCCAGCUCCGCUCCUGGAUGUAUGCCGUGUACGGGGCCUUGGCCGUGCUGGGCACCAUGGGCCCCUGGUACCUGCUGCUGCUGCUCGGCCACUGCCUGGGCCUCUACGUGGCCUCCCUCUCGGGCCAGUCCUGGCUCUGUCUUGGUGUCGGCCUGGCCGGCCUCGCCUCCUUCAAGAUGGACCCCCUCAUCUCCUGGCAGAGCGGGUUUGUAACGGGCACUUUUGAUCUCCAAGAGGUGCUGUUCCACGGCGGCGGCUGCUUCUCGGUGCUGCGCUGCACCAGCUUCGCGCUGGAGAGCUGCGCCCGCCCGGGGCACCGCUACUCCCUGGCCGACCUGCUCAAGUACAACUUCUACCUGCCCUUCUUCUUCUUCGGGCCCAUCAUGACCUUCGACCGCUUCCAUGCCCAGGUGAGCCAGGUGGAGCCGGUGAGGCGCGAGGGUGAGCUGUGGCGCAUCAGGGCACAGGCGGGCCUCAGCGUGGUGUCCAUCGUGGCCGUGGACAUCUUCUUCCACUUCUUCUACAUCCUCACCAUCCCCAGCGACCUCAAGUUCGCCAACCGCCUCCCCGACAGUGCCCUCGCUGGCCUGGCCUACUCAAACCUGGUGUAUGACUGGGUGAAAGCGGCCGUCCUCUUCGGCGUGGUCAACACGGUAGCGCGCCUGGACCACCUGGACCCGCCGCAGGCUCCCAAGUGCAUCACGGCGCUCUACCUCUUCUCCGAAACGCACUUCGAUCGCGGCAUCAAUGACUGGCUUUGCAAGUACGUCUACGACUACAUCGGUGGGGAGCACUCUGAAGUGAUCCCAGAGCUGGUGGCCUCUGUGGCCACCUUCGCCGUCACCACUCUGUGGCUCGGGCCUUGUGACAUCGUCUACCUGUGGUCACUCCUGAACUGCUUUGGCCUCAACUUUGAGCUCUGGGUGCUGAAGCUGGCAGAGUGGGGGCCCCUGGCACGAAUUGAGGCCACGCUGUCGGAGCAGAUGUCCCGCAGGAUCCGGGCCUUCUUCGGGGCCAUCAACUUCUGGGCCAUCAUCAUGUACAACCUUGUAAGCCUGAACAGCCUCGAGUUCACCGAGCUGGUGGCCCGCCGCUUACUCCUCACAGGCUUCCCCCAGACCACCCUGGCGGUCCUGUUUGUCACCUACUGUGGGGUCCAGCUGGUGAAGGAGCGGGAGCGAACCCUGGCCCUGGAGGAGGAGAGGCAGGACAAAGAGAAGCCGGAAUGAGGGUGCAGCGGGGAGGGAGGGGUGCAUGCUCG